AUGACGAAGCGCCGAAGAAUAGUCCAAGCUGACAAAAUUAUUCAAAAUGUUGUUCAUGUGUUUUGUUUGUUAAUGUUUUUGCAAUUAAAAGGUUACUAUUCAGUAGCUAAUAAUCCUGUUUUGUUAUAUUCUACCGCAACAGACAUAAGAAUUUUAAAUUCAUCGAAACCCGGUAAAGUUAACUUAAUAAUUAAAGGCUUAGAACAGGGCUCUGCUGUUGAUUUUUUGUAUGUGAAAAAUUUAAUAUGUUGGUCCGAUCAAACUGCAGAAUUGAUACAAUGUAUGAAUUAUAAUGAAACAUUUUCGGGUGAAAAAGAAAGAAUUGUAUCAGAAGGAUUGAUCACACCAACCGGUAUUGCAAUAGAUUGGUACACAGAUAAAAUAUAUUGGACAGAUGGUGAAACUAACAGAAUAGAAGUUAUUAGCAUAAAUCAGAAAUAUAGAAAAGUACUAUUUUGGUCUGAAGUUGAUUUAGCUAGAGCAAUUGCUGUUGUUCCAAAACAGGGAUUAAUGUUUUGGACUGACUGGGGUGAGAUACCUAAAAUAGAACGAGCAGGUAUGAAUGGGGAUCCAUCCUCUCGUAAAGUUAUUGUUAAAGACAAUAUAUUUUGGCCCAAUGGGAUCACAGUAGAUUACAACAAUAAUGUAAUAUAUUGGGCAGAUGCAAAGUUACAGUUUGUAGAUAUGAUAGAUUUCAAUGGUGAAAACAGAAACAGAAUUGUGAAAGGAGGAUUGGAAUAUCCAUAUGCACUUACAUUUUUCAAUGAUAAACUUUAUUGGACUGAUUGGAAAACUUGGACAAUUUACACUUGGGAUAUUUCCACAAAUGGCCCCAUAAAGGAAGUCAUAAAAUCUGACCCAGUACCAGUUGAUAUCAAAGUGUUUGAUGAUAAUCGACAGUUAAUGCCUACAGGAGAUUAUCCAUGUAAAUAUAACAAUGGGGGGUGCUCUCAUCUCUGCCUUUUGUCUCCUUCUCCACCAGGCUAUGUUUGUGCCUGCCCAACUGGUGUAAAGUUAAAGGAAGGCAGCAACACAACAUGUUACAAAAUGCCACAGUCCCUGUUGUUGAUUGCCCAGCGCUCCAUCAUAUCGAAGAUCUCUUUAGACUCUCCUGACUUCACACCCUACACAGUGCCUUUAAAGGAUCUCAAAAGAGCUCUGACUGUAGAUUUUGAUCCUAAGACUGAAUUUAUGUAUUGGGCUGAUAGCUUGUCCAAAACAAUAUCACGGGCGCGUCUCGAUGGAAGCGAGCAAUCUGUAGUGAUACACAGUAGCGGUGUUCCGGAUAGCAUAGCCAUCGAUCCGCUGGCCAGAAACAUCUACUGGACCGACCCUGUCACUGACACCAUCAGUGUCGCCAGACUUAAUGGAAGCUGUAAAAAGGUUGUUAUUCACGACGAGCUUUACGAUCCCCGAGCCAUAGCUCUACACCCUACUGCCGGUUGGAUGUUCUGGUCGGAUUGGAAUGAGAAGAAACCGAAAAUUGAACGCGCAAACUUAGACGGAUCUGGGAGGUUAUUAUUAGUGUCGGAAAAAUUGACAUGGCCUAACGGGAUCGCCUUGGAUACUGUCAAUAAUAAGUUGUAUUGGGGAGAUGCUAGAACACACAAAAUUGAGGUCUGCAAUAUGGAUGGCACUAAUAGAAGAGAACUCCACAACAGCGACAUUUUGCAUAUAUUUGGUUUAACUCUACUCGGUGAACAUUUAUACUGGACAGACAUGCAGAGACGGACUUUGGAUAAAAUUAACAAAGAUACAGGACUUGAGAGACAACCUGUUGUGGAACAGAUGGCGAACAUGAUGGGUGUCAAGGCAUUUCAUUUGGGCGAAAAACUAGGAAGUAACAGAUGUAGUAAUAACAAUGGUGGCUGUUCCCAUCUAUGCUUUAACAGGCCCAAUGAUUAUGUAUGCAGUUGUCCAUUAGGUUUGGAACUACGAAACGACAGGAAAACUUGUAUAGAGCCGGAUGCAUUCCUUGUGUACAGUAGGAAAAACAUCAUUGGUCGGAUUAGUAUCGAGAAUGAAAAUAAUGACGCUGUACUGCCAGUGAAGGAGUUAAAAGAAGUGAGUGCACUAGCAGUACAUGUGUCUGGUGCUAAAAUAUACUGGUCAGACAGUAAAACGAAAACUAUAAACCGUUGCUCCAUUAACGGCUCUAAUAUGGAGAAGAUUCUGGAGUGGAUGGGAUUGGUAGAAGGCUUAGCUAUAGAUUGGUCGGCACAGAACAUCUACUGGACGGACACGGCCGCACAACGGAUCGAAGUGGCGCGACUCGAUGGGUCCAGUCGUCGCACUUUGCUUUGGCAGGGCCUCAAAAAACCUAAGAGCAUUGUGCUUGAUCCAAAGAAGGGGUAUAUGUACUGGUCCGAACUAGGCUCUAAAAAUAUAAAACGUGCUGCAAUGGACGGUUCUUCACCUACAGUGUUCAUAGAGCAAGUGGGUCGUGUUCACGCUCUAGCUAUAGACUAUGAAAUGCGAACAAUUUACUGGGCUGCUUUGGAUCCACCGGUAAUAGAAUACGCCUUUCUAAACGGAACUGGACGUCGAAUUUUAGCAAGUAAUAUCUCUAUGCCAUAUGCUCUCACAUUAUAUGGCGAUCGCGUGUUUUGGGGUGAUUGGAACACCGGUGUGGUCGAAACGGCAUUAAAAAGGGACGGCAGCGAGCGCAGGAGCAUCCACGGCUCGCUGGACUACAUAUCGGACCUGAAGGUGUUCUGGCGCGGGCGCGAGGCGGACGGCGGGCAGUGUGGCGCAGACAACGGCGGCUGCGCGUACCUGUGCCUACCGCGCGCGCACGACUUCCGUUGCGCCUGCCCCGCGCACUAUCGCCGCAGCGCCGACAACCUCACCUGCGCGGGUAUACUCACACGAAUAUUGCUCGUACCUAGGACAGCUAGCUGCGCCUGCCCCGCGCACUAUCGCCGCAGCGCCGACAACCUCACCUGCGCAGUUAUACUCACACGAAUAUUGCUCGUACCUAGGACAGCUAGCUGCGCCUGCCCCGCGCACUAUCGCCGCAGCGCCGACAACCUCACCUGCGCGGGUAUACUCACACGAAUAUUGCUCGUACCUAGGACAGCUAGCUGCGCCUGCCCCGCGCACUAUCGCCACAGCGUCGACAACCUCACCUGCGCGGGUAUACUCACACGAAUAUUGCUCGUAACUAGGACAGCUAGCUGCGCCUGCCCCGCGCACUAUCGCCGCAGCGUCGACAACCUCACCUGCGCGGGUAUACUCACACGAAUAUUGCUCGUACCUAGGACAGCUAGCUGCGCCUGCCCCGCGCACUACCGCCGCAGCGCCGACAACCUCACCUGCGCGGGUAUACUCACACGAAUAUUGCUCGUACCUAGGACAGCUAGCUGCGCCUGCCCCGCGCACUACCGCCGCAGCGCCGACAACCUCACCGCUGCGCGGGUAUACUCACACGAAUAUUGCUCGUACCUAGGACAGCUAGCUGCGCCUGCCCCGCGCACUAUCGCCGCAGCGUCGACAACCUCACCUGCGCGGGUAUACUCACACAAAUAUUGCUCGUACCUAGGACAGCUAGCUGCGCCUGCCCCGCGCACUACCGCCGCAGCGCCGACAACCUCACCUGCGCGGGUAUACUCACGCAGAUAUUUCCGCAACUUCUCUGCGAGGGCUCUGUCGAAAUAA